AUGGAACCUCCGAUGUUAAAGUAUACACGAAUUACGAAGUUACCCAAGAAUUUCUUCAAUAGAGAUUCUAUAUCGGCAUGUCUAUUUCAUGACAAAUUAUUUGCAUUUGCCACGCAUUCCGGCAUACUUCAUUUGACAACACCAAAUUUCUCGCCAAUUCGCACAUUCAAGUGCCACAGGUCUUCUAUUCUAUCUAUACAGAGUGAUGGUGAAUAUUUUGCUACGGCUUCAAUCGAUGGUACUGUUGUCAUUGGCUCUAUAACAGAUCAGUCUGAUAUUAUAGCGUUUGAUUUCAAGAGGCCAGUUCAUGCUGUUGUUCUUGAUCAAAGCUACAAGAGUACAAAGAUCUUUAUUUCAGGUGGAAUGGCCGGUGAAGUCAUAGUGUCACAGCGAAAUUGGAUGGGGAGCAGGGUUGAUACACGAGUCGAUAAAGACCAUGGUGCAAUAGUUGGUAUCUACAUCUUGGAUGAUAUUUUGUUUUGGAUGAACGAUAAUGGGAUAACUUUUUACAGUAUUUCUACCAAAAUGAAGCUGUUGAAUGUUGCAUUUUCUAAAGAUUCAUCUGUCCGUCCUGACCUCUAUUGGCCCAGGGUUCAUUUUCCGGAAGUGAAUACAAUUAUUGUUUGCUGGGGCGUAUAUGUUUGGGCAUUUAAAGUUUCUUUAAAUACAUCUGUCGAAAAGCAAAAACAUCUAGGGUCCAUCCUCACGACAGCUGCGUCAAGUCUGAGGGGGAUACCCGAUAAGAAAAUCAAGUUAGAAGCACAUUUCAAGUUAGAUUGCCUUAUUGCUGGUAUCGCAUCGUUUAAAGAUGAUCAACUCUUGUUACUUGGUCUCAAUCCUUCCCCUUCAAAAAUGGAACCUCCACAGUUAAAGGUCAUAGAUAUGCUAACGGGAGAGGAAAUUCACAACGAUGAAGUUGUAUCUAAUAAUUUUCAGAACUUGACUUUAAAAGACUAUCACUUGGGAAAGUAUAUCGGCUCAAACACUCCAGAAUACUAUCUAAUCAGUUCAAAUGAUGCUAUUUUAGUAAAAGAACUGUCCUUGAAGGACAGAUAUACCUGGUUUAUGGAUAAUGGUCACUAUUUUAAGGCGUGGGAAAUUUCCAAAUUUGUUCUGAAUGAAGUGGAUAGAUUAAAGACUGGGUUAAAAUGCAUUGAACAGCUUAUAAACGAUAACAAUUGGACUGAAGCGGGUAAUAUUAUGAACCUCAUAUUUAGUAGUAUUGAAUGGAAUGCCAUAGAUGAUCCUGCCUUCAAAGAUUUUUCAAUAGAUGGAUGGCAAAAUAUGAUUGGUAGAUUUCUGGAAACCAACCAUGUUGACAUUGUAGCUCCUUUUCUUCCCCAGGAUCCAAAAUUGAAGCCGGAAAUAUAUGACAAAGUAUUAAAGUAUUAUUUGGAAAAUAAUAACUAUGAAAAGUUUUCCCAUUACUUGCAGUCUUGGCCAAUUGAUUUCUAUUCUUCAGUUGAGUUUGAAGAACUAUUGGAAGAAAAGUGCCAGUAUAAAGAGGAAUUAGAUAGGAAAUUUUGUGAAUUUCUUUGCUAUUUAUAUUUGGAGGAGAAGAAAUAUAUGCUGGCUGUGAAUCAUUUAAUUAAGCUGAAAGAUCCAAAGGCAUUGGAUAUAUUGAUUCGUCAAAACAUUCUAGCUACUUUUAUGGAUAGAUUACUGGAAAUUGUUCUACUUCCAUUCAAUGGAAAUAUUAGUGAAAUUGAAAAUCUUUCAUUAGAAGAAGUGAAGAUAACAUUCUCAAAAUCAGUUCAAUUGUUGAUACAGAAUAGGAAUUCAAUUCAAACGAAUAAACUGCUUCAUCUUUUUACUCCGAAAUUAGAGCCGAUACUUUUUCUAUACUUGGAACAACUCUCCUCAGUUGAACCUAUAUUGGUCGCCCCACAUGAAACGAAGCUUGUAGAGCUAUAUUCUAAAUACGAACCUUCUAAACUACUUGAAUUUUUGAAAAGAAAUACUGGUUAUGAUAUUGAAAGGGCGAUUGAAGUAUGUGAAAGCAAAGGUGUGCAUUACCAGGAGCUAAUAUAUCUGUGGGGCAAAAUUGGCGAAACCAAGAAGGCGCUUUCGUUAAUAAUCGAUAAGCUAAAUGACCCAUCUCUUGCUAUUUCAUUUGUAAUCGAUAGUAAUGAUUCAGAUCUAUGGGAGUUUUUGGUAAGCUAUAGCUUAGAUAAGCCAAAUUUUAUUAAAAGUUUACUUGAACAUAGAGAUGAAUACGGAGAGAAAUCCUUAGAGGUGAUGAAAAAAGUUCCAGCAGAAACAGAAAUUGAUGAUGAUAUGAAGCAGAUUUUACGCAAUAUCACUAAAGACAAUUGGUUGAGUUUAAGGGUAAACAAAGGAGUUUUAAAAAUAAUCGACGAUGAAACAAAAGAGGUUGCACAUGAGUUUUUAAAGAUUAGGAGAUUGGGUAAGCUGUUUGAUAAGGGUAACUGA